AUGUUGUCCACUCUAAGAGUCGCCAGCCAAAAGGCUGCGACUCGCGAUGUUGCCAUGCGCCUGUUUGUUGCUGGUGCUCGUCCAGCUUCCACCUGGUCCAAUGUGCCCCAGGGCCCUCCGGACGCGAUUUUGGGCAUCACGGAGGCCUUCAAGGCGGACUCAUUCAAGGACAAGAUCAACCUUGGUGUCGGAGCUUACCGCGAUGACCAGGGAAAGCCCUACGUCCUCCCCUCCGUCCGCGCCGCGGAAGAAAAAGUCCUCAACUCGAACCCUGACAAAGAGUACGCCGGCAUUACCGGUGUGCCCACCUUCACCAAAGCCGCCGCCUCCCUCGCCUUCGGCGCCUCCAGCCCCGCCAUCAAAGAAGACCGCAUCGCCAUCACCCAGACCAUCUCCGGCACCGGUGCCCUACGGAUAGGCGCUGCCUUCAUCGAGCGCUUCUACCCGCACGGCAAGAAAAUCCACAUCCCCACCCCAAGCUGGGCCAACCACGCCGCCGUCUUCAAAGAUGCCGGCCUCCAGGUCGAGAAGUACCGCUACUACAACAAGGACACCAUCGGCCUCGACUUCGAGGGCAUGAUUGCCGAUAUCCAGGCGGCGCCUAGCAACAGUGUCUUCCUCCUGCAUGCGUGCGCGCAUAACCCGACGGGCAUUGACCCGACACAGGCCCAGUGGCGCCAGAUUAGCGAUGUGAUGAAGGCCAAGGGGCAUUUUGCGUUCUUUGACAUGGCCUAUCAGGGCUUCGCGAGUGGAGAUACGGACCGCGAUGCGUUUGCGCUGCGCCAUUUCCUGGAGGAGGGGCAUGGGGUUGUGCUGUGCCAGAGCUUUGCCAAGAAUAUGGGUCUGUAUGGCGAGCGUGUCGGCACAUUCUCCGUCGUCUGCGAGUCUGCCGAGGAGAAGAAGCGCGUUGAUUCGCAGAUCAAGAUCCUCGUCCGGCCCCUGUACUCCAACCCACCCAUCCACGGUGCCCGCAUCGCCUCGACGAUCCUCAACGACCCAGCCCUCAACCAGCAGUGGCUUGGCGAGGUGAAGGGCAUGGCUGACCGCAUUAUCAAGAUGCGUGCGCUCCUCAAGGAGAAUCUGGAGGCGCUGGGGAGUAAGCAUGAUUGGAGCCAUAUUACCAGCCAGAUCGGAAUGUUCGCAUAUACUGGCUUGAAACCUGAGCAGAUGGACAAACUUGCUAAGGAGCACUCCGUCUAUGCCACCAAGGACGGCCGCAUCUCCGUUGCCGGUAUCACCACCGCCAACGUCAAGAGACUGGCUGAGUCCAUCUACAAAGUCACCGGAUAA